CACAUGGUCUGGCCCUCUUAUUCUCGAGCAGAGCCGCAUCACGUGAAGGAGGACAGCAUUCCACAUCUAUGAGGUAGUGUCGCCAAAGCACAAAUUCAAUGACAACCCUGAAACACCUGUAAGAGGACGAUUGAUCAUAGAGGCGAUAUACCGUCCUUGAACCUGUGAAUUACCCUGCUCCAAUCCUGUCAUGUGCGCUGGCGUAGAAGUUGGACAGCCGCGUGAAGACAGCACGCAUACUAGUAGUGAACAUAAGGUAUCCGCGUGCCUGCUACCACACUACCUAGGUAUCUUAUACAGUCAUCAAGAUUCCAUAAUGACACAAAACGCGCCACGAGGAGAUCCGCUUGAGAGCUAUGGGCGAGAGAACCGCGCAGCACCGAAGCUAGGCCAACCACAAGUCCACGACUUCGCCAGGACCGUUUACGAUGAUGAGGUACCUGCACUCAAGCAAGAGUUUUUGUCAACUGCUGAGGUGGUCCCUCAAGGCUUAGAUCCCACACGGCUCACGUCUCCAGAACCAGGUAGUAGUGGCAACGGCACUAACUCAGGUCAAAAGACCCUGACUGCAGAAGAGAAGGACCAGUGUCCGUUCGGCGACACUCGCUGGCCUCCGCCUAACGUGUCGAUAUCCAAGCCCUUACAUCUCUUGAGUGAAAAAAGUGAGAAGCCAAUAUAUUAUCACCUGGUAUAUGAAAACAGCUCCCCUCAGGCGGACUUCUGGAAAGGACCUUUGAAGGCUCAAGCUACCGCUGCCUACGCAGAGAAGGGGAUUGCCUUGUCUAUAUCAAAGGAAGGGAAAGGUAAGAAAGAGAUGAAAGCUGCAAAACAGAGAGCGCUUGAGGAAGAAGCCCCGAAAGCGAAGAUGGAAAUCUUACAGGCUAAGAAUACAAAGAUGCUAAAGGAACUAAGCGGCGGACCAAGGGGAACGAUCUGGCAGCUUGACGAAGGACAUCUACAUAUCUGGAAAUGCAUCGAGGUAGUUCAGAAGGUGACAGGGGCGGUAAGUCUUAGUGCAGACUGGCGAGAAAUAUUCUCCAUGUUUGGUGUUGGUCUCAAGAGUAUCAAUGGCGAUAUGUUGCUAGUCAGUCAGAAGGCCAAAGUACCCACCUAGGUAGCUGAUGUGAUGAUUAAGGUGUGCGGUCAACACAC